GAAGCGGAGGCUGGUCAAGAAAUAACUAUUGAAUUUAAGGAUUAUUGCAUAAAUGGCUGUAAAUAUGAAGACAAGAGUAUGAAUACUCUAUUUCUAGAAGAAGGUUUUCAGGCUCACUUAGAAACGGAAGAAGAGAAGGCUGCCAAAGAAGAAGU